AGCUGUGGGUAAUCGGGACUGACACCUUCUUGAGCAAAUCACUGAAUCUCGUUACAACUCUGAGUACUACUUACUCCCUUGCACGUCGCGACUGGCAGGCUAUACUUUAUUAACUUGUAAACAUCGGCUACAUGAAUUCGGGCAUGUGGUUCAUGUGAGCGCGAGGCUCCUCGAACGGCAAGACCCUCCUUCAUUCUCGCACCGCAGCCCAGUCUGCCCAACCGAGCAGACUGAAGAACAAAUUCCUUUUCUCUCAAUCCAACGGAUUUAUAUUCUAUACAUUCGCGUUCAGUAGGCGACGAGCGCUCACCAUCCUCUGCUGUACGGGACUGUGGACAAUGUUUCUCUUGCAGUAUAGAGGACUGAACCCGCUAUCCUUUGACCCGUCCUCCAACAACGAGCCCCUGCAGUUCAGCAACUCCAACGGGCCACUGGUGUCAGACUGUCCUCUGGAAAACGGAGCUGAGAACCGCAAUAAGAGGAAGAGACCCAGCCUGCCUCCAGAAGGGAAUCAUAACAUGUCCAUGGACCCCAGCUCAAUGACAAUGCCCAUGUCAGACCCCAACGCCUGGGCCACAGCUAUGAACAACCUGGGCAUGGCUCCCAUGGGCAUGACAGGACAACCCCUUAUGUCAGAUUUCGACUCAGGUCUUGGCAUGAUGACGGGCAUCGCUCCCAUGAACACCAUGAUGCCUGGCCUUGGUUACGUACCCCCGCCCCCCCUUCCCCAAGAUCUGCCCAUCGUCAAGGAGAUCAUCCACUGCCAAAGCUGCACCCUCUUCCCCCCCAACCCACACCUUCCCUCUCCGGCCAUGAGGGAGCGCCCUCCAGGUUGUAAAACGGUGUUUGUGGGCGGUCUGCCAGAGAAUGCCACCGAAGCACUCAUCGUGGAGGUGUUUGGCCAGUGUGGUGACAUCAUCGCCAUCCGCAAGAGCAAGAAGAACUUCUGCCACAUCCGAUUCACUGAAGAGUUCACUGUAGACAGAGCCCUCUUCUUGUCUGGCUACCGUAUGCGUCUGGGCUCCAGUACAGACAAGAAGGACACAGGGCGGCUCCAUGUGGACUUUGCCCAAGCCAGAGAUGACCUGUAUGAGUGGGAGUGUCGUCAGCGCAUGUAUGCCAGAGAGGAGAGGCACCGCAGGAGGAUGGAGGAGGACCGUUUCAGACCCCCCUCUCCUCCACUCAUUGUUCAUUACUCAGACCACGAGUGUAGUCAGCUGGGGGACAAGAUUAAAGAUGAGGCAGUGUUUGCAGAGGCAGUGCGCGUGCUGCUGACCUGGGUGGAACGCGGCGAGGUGAACCGUCGUAACGCCAACAACUUCUAUUCCAUGAUCCAGUCGUCCAACAGCCACAUCCGCCAGCUGAUGAGUCAAAAGGCCACCCACGAGAAGGAGAUGGAGGAGGCCAAGGACAAGUUCAAGAGCGCCCUAUCUGGCAUCCUGGCACAAUUUGAGCAGAUUGUGUCUGUAUUCCACGCUGCUUCCAAACAAAAGGCUUGGGACCAUUUCUCCAAAGCUCAACGCAAGAACCUGGACGUGUGGCGCAAGCAAGCAGAGGAGAUCAGAAACAUGCAGAAUGAAGAGCUGAUGGGGAUCAGACGAGAGGAGGAAAUGGAGAUGUCUGACGAUGACAUGGAGGAUACACACAACCCUGACGAAUCAGGCCCUGUGUCCCAGGCGGAGGCUCUAAAGGAGGAGAAUGACUCUCUGCGCUGUCAGCUGGAUGCCUACAGAAACGAGGUGGAGCUGCUGAAGCAGGAGCAGGGCAAGAACCAAGAACACACACCUCCACAACACAGUGAAGAGGACGCCUGCAGGCAGCAACAACUAACCUUUCUACAACAGGCACUACAGGGCAUGCAGAAGCAAUUGCUGAAAAUGUGUGAAGAAAUGAAACAGCGGGAGGCAGAGAUGGAGAAGACUGUGGAGGACAAACAGCAGCUGGAGAGCCAAGUAAAGAGCCUCAAGGAAGGACUGCAGGGCCUGAAAACACUGACAACACACACACCACAGCUGGAGAUUUCCCUACACGAUGACAGCGGGAGCAAGGAGAGUGCUAAUCAAGUCAAUCUGGAGAUGUCCCUGCAAGAGGACAGAGCGAGUGAGGAGAGGGCUAAUCAAGUCAAUGAGGCAACAGCGUUAGAAGUGGUGUCCUGCAGUCAGGAGAAGGAGAGUCUGCCCCCGGAGAAGAGUCCCUCCAAUCCUGUUCACUCUGAGAGAGAAGCCUUGCUAGUUGGGAUCAUCUCUACAUUCCUCCAUGUCCAUCCGUUUGGAGCCAGCAUCGAGUACAUCUGCUCCUAUCUACAGCGGCUGAACACCAAGAUAAAUACAGGGGAGGUGGAUGCUCUACUGGGUCGGCUGCCCUGUACCUUCAAACAGGAGUUGACCGGGGUAGGCGCCAGCCUGGAGAAACGCUGGAAGUUCUGUGGUUUCGAGCGCAUCAUGAUCACAUAGAGCAUUACGGGGACACGGAGGAGGACAUCACAGGGACACAGAAGAAACAGCAUUGAGCUCAGGCUGAAUUAUUAGGACACUGUAUUAUGGAGACCGGUACUGGUCCCUGAGAUGUUGCUCACCGGUCCCUGCGAUGGUUAACUGGCCUUGGUUUAGUCAGUUCUUAAGAGCUAGUUAUAAUGUAAACAGUUUGGUGGUCCCAGGCACAAAUAAAGGUUGAGAAAAAAUGGCAUAGAGCUCUGGCUGUAUUAUUAGGACACAGAAGUAAAAACAUAGAGCUCAGGCUGCAGAGCAGGCUGUGGUACUGAGGAAAAAGCUUCUCUGUAUGGGUGACAGAGAGGGUGACUCAUCUCCAGGGUGAUGGAGAUCUCUAUAACACCACCAAAGCCACGAUGCUUUUUUCUGUGCCCAAUUUUGCAAAGCCUCAUGGGAUAGAACACCACAUUGGGAGUCCCAAAGGAGUAUCAGUCUGAAGGUGCCAGGGCAGUGGAUGUUUCUCCUUCACAUGGGCGGACCAGACUAUUCCCAGAGCCUCUAAUUGGUUAACUCUGCUGUCACUCAGCUAGGAAUGCUACCCAAGGAGGUUAUCAGGGUCUGCUGAACAUUUUCCACCUCCCACCCCUCUGGCCUCUCUCACUCUCUCUUUUUUUGUUCCUUGUUUUUAUAAUUAUAUGAAUAAAAAUCGAUAUAUUUCUUAAUUUUCUGUAAAUGCUGUUAACAGUUGCAUAGAUUGAUUUGUUUUACUACUCUGUAAA